AGAGAGGGAGAGAGCAUCCACGAUGGGGAAAGGAGGAGAGAAGGGUGAGGAGGACGCACAGUGUCAGACGCAGCCCCUGUGCUACACUUGGGAAGAAGUUCAGAAGCACAGCAGCAAAGCGGAUCAGUGGCUGGUGAUUGACAGGAAGGUCUACAACAUCACCGAGUGGGCGAACAGACACCCCGGAGGCCACCGAGUCAUCAGCCACUAUGCCGGAGAGGAGGCCACGGACGCUUUCCAGUCUUUCCACCCCGAUCUAAACUUUGUCCGGAAAUUUCUGAAGCCUCUCCUGAUUGGUGAACUUGCUCCUGGUGAGCCCAGUCUAGACAGGCAGAAAAAGCUGGAGCUGGCUGAGGAUUUCCGGGCCUUGCGAAAGACUGCAGAGGAGAUGAAGCUCUUCAACACAGACCUGGUCUUCUUCUCUCUGUACCUGGGACAUCUCUUUGUACUGGAGUUCCUGGCCUGGCUCACGCUCUGGUACUUUGAGUCAGGUUGGAUUCCAACCAUCCUCACUGCCAUUAUCCUGGCAACCUCUCAGGCUCAGGCAGGCUGGCUCCAGCACGACUUUGGCCACCUGUCUGUCUUCAAGAAAUCCAAAUGGAAUCACUUACUACACAAGUUUCUAAUUGGUCACAUGAAGGGGGCGUCAGCAAACUGGUGGAACCACCGUCACUUUCAGCAUCACUCAAAACCCAACAUCUUCCACAAGGACCCAGAUGUGAACAUGCUGCACAUGUUUGUGCUGGGAGAGACGCAGCCUGUGGAGUACGGGAAGAAGAAAUUAAAUUACCUGCCCUACAAUCACCAGCACCAGUAUUUUUUCCUCAUUGGGCCGCCCCUGCUCAUCCCAGUGUAUUUCCACAUUCAGAUAACGACCACCAUGAUAAACCGCCGGGACUGGGUGGAUCUGGCCUGGGCGAUGACGUAUUACAUCCGCUACUUUUCCACCUACAUCCCUUUCUAUGGAUUUUUUGGAUCUAUAGCCUUUGUCAUGUUCGUCAGGUUCUUAGAGAGCCACUGGUUUGUGUGGGUCACUCAGAUGAACCAUAUUCCAAUGAACAUUGAUGAUGAGAAGCACAAGGACUGGUUGACAAUGCAGUUACAAGCCACGUGUAACAUUGAGCAGUCCGCCUUCAAUGACUGGUUCAGUGGUCACCUGAACUUCCAGAUCGAGCAUCAUCUGUUCCCGACGAUGCCUCGCCACAACUACUGGAAAGUCGCUCCUUUGGUAAAGUCACUGUGUGAGAAGCACGGACUGAAAUACCAGGUCAAGCCUCUGUUCCAGGCUUUCAAGGAUAUUGUGGGGUCACUGAGGAUGUCCGGUGAGCUGUGGUUAGACGCCUAUCUCCACAAGUGAGGGAACUUCAGAGUCCCCGCCCUCUCUGUGUGUUUCACUCUCUCUCUGUCGGUCUCUCUCUCUCUUUCUCACUCUGUCUCUUUUUCUCUCUCCUUUUCUCUCUCUCUCUGAAUUCCAGUAAGUGGAGGGAGUGUUCUGGUUCUCUCAGAGUCUGUCUUACUGAGUGAUUUCUGUAGUGUAAAUGAAAAGCCAAUCUCACCGCUGGCCAUUGGUUAAUAUGACUACUAGUGGAGACAGGGUGAGACCCACACCACCAGUAAAGGGAAGGUGGGAUUCAUGCCUCAAUGAAACAUCUCGAUUUGCCACUGAUUAUAAUAGGAGCCAGCCCCACCCUCCACACCCCCCCCCCCGAGAAACCAAAAACCAAACAUGGCUACAUGGAUUUUUAGGGGAACGACACAACUAUUGUACAAACACAGUAAUGGAAGAAUUUUUUGUAGGAUAAUUCUUCUGCUACUUAAGCUCCUUAAGUUAAAAGCAACCACAUUUGAGCCUGUAACACGGCAGGCUGGAUUAGGAAGUGUUGGAUUGACCCAGCAUGAAGGAGCUGAGAGCAAGGUUACUGUUAUAGAGAACCAAUGGGACAAAGGUGAGAUCGAGGGAUCUCACUCGUGUCUCUGGGCAAUGUCCAAAAUCUGUAUGGGAUGGGCAAUGGAUCCUGCUUAUCAGUGUCAUCCCCUACACUUAUUAAAUAUGCCAGUGACAUCUUGUGGUGAAAGGCCAGUACUACACAAAGAACUGGAGUGAUUGGGUGAUGCAUGACAGAAGAGAGCAUCAAACCAGUCCGUACCAUGGGCAAACAAAUUCAUUACAUUGAAUAUAAUCACCAAGUGGGUGCACAAUGGCCCCCGCUGGUUCCUGCAAUUCUGGGACGAGGCAGUGAAGAUCUGGAUGUGACAGAAAGGGAGUUGCAGAGCCGAUUCCAAAGCAUACACAUAUGGGAAAGUGGGGCAGUUAACCUAGAGCAGUGUCAGUGGGCAGGGGGAGGGAGAGGGGGAGAAAGAGAGGCUCCCCACACUCGGACUCCCUGCAUUACAAUGAUUAGCGUACAAGAUGGAGGUUAGAUGUGAAACACUGAAUGUUGCAUUAGUUGCGGGUCUGGAAGAGGGGUGGGGGGUGAAGGAAGGUGGGGUCUGUGAGAGGGU